AUUCAAUACAAAUUACUCUACGGUUACCUUUUCUGCAGUUCGUACAGUCCACGGCGUCUACGCGGCCUCUCCACCAAUUGCUUCGUGGCGCCGAUAUACGCCGCCACCGCUGCUGCUCUUUCAUCUUCAUCUUCAUCCACCGACACGCCUGCCCACCGUUUCCUUCUUCCCUAAGUUUCUUCCAAUAAAAAUCAUCUGAUCGAACAAUCCUGCAAAUUUAAGGGAAGAAAUCAGAUCUCAAUCAAUCGAAUCGACCAUGGCUUCCAAAACCCCCAAUUCUCUGUAUCCAGAAGUCGUGCAGACCAAUCCUGAUUCGAAUUCGCCAUUUCUGUCAAACCCUAGAAAAAGCCCCUCCCAAUCUUCGGCGCUCUAUCCGACGAUUGAAAUGAACGAAUUGGCGAAGAAUCUGUUCCCAGACGCCGAAGAAGAAGCGGAGACGACGAAAGGCGGUGGAGGAAAUGGCCAGAAGUCGACGUUCGAGUCGUCGGAGGAAGUGAUUGUGAGAAUCUCCGGCGCGAUUGUGCAUCUGAUCGACAAAGAGCAGAGCGUCGAGCUCGCGCACGGCGAGUUAAUGGUGGUUCAAUUGAAGCAGGGGGAUAACAUCGUGGCGGCUCUGGUUCGGAUCGGGGAUGAAAUCCAGUGGCCAUUGGCGAAGGACGAGGCCGCCGUGAAACUCGACGAUUCGCACUAUUUCUUCACUCUUAGGGUUCCGGCGGAAGGUUCCGGCGAAAUUAACAGCGACAGUAUUUUGAAUUACGGAUUGACGGUCGCCGCGAAGGGGCAGGAAGGAUUGGUGGAGAAAUUGGAUGCGGCGCUGGAGAAAUUCAGUGCGUUUAGGGUUGAGAAGGCGUCGGCGGCGGCGGCGGCGGCGGAGUGGGGAGAAGUAUCUCCGGCGGAGAUGGAUGCGAAGAAGGAGGUGGUGGAGAAAGGCGCGGCGGCGUACUGGACGACGCUGGCGCCGAACGUGGAGGAGUACAGCAGCGGAAUUGCGAAGAUGAUUGCGGCGGGGUCGGGGCAGAUGAUCAGAGGGAUUCUGUGGUGCGGCGACGUGACGGUGGAUCGCCUGAACUGGGGACAUGAAUUCUUCAGGAGCAGGUUGGGGAAGACGACCAAACCUUCACAACUUAGUCCCCAGGCACUGCGCCGGAUGCGAAGGGUAAAGAGGUUGACAAAGAUGUCCGAGAAUGUUGCAACUGGGAUACUCUCCGGUGUGGUGAAAGUAUCCGGAUUCUUCACAAGUUCGGUUGCUAAUUCUAAAGUAGGACAAAAGUUCUUCAACCUUUUGCCGGGAGAGAUCAUUCUUGCCUCGCUCGAUGGAUUUAACAAGGUUUGUGAUGCAGUGGAAGUCUCCGGAAAGAAUGUGAUGACGACAACUUCAGUCGUGACAACGGGGCUCGUGUCCCACAGAUAUGGAGAAGAUGCGGGCAAAGCGACGGAGGACGGGCUGGGGGCAGCCGGGCACGCGAUCGGGACGGCGUGGGCAGUUUUCAAGAUAAGGAAAGCGUUGAAUCCGAAAGGGGUGCUGAAGCCGACAACGCUAGUGAAAGCAGCUGCUGCACAGUCGAGCAAGGGUAAAUCCAAAUAGAAGAGUGUUAAUUUGAUUUACUGUUGUAUUUUUAUUACACAAAAGAUGCGAAUAUGAAUGUGUAGUAAUUUUGUUGUGCGAGUUUUAGUUGAGAGUGUUGCAAGGGUCAUGUUCAUUCUGGGAAACCCAAAAAAUACUAUGCUGAACUGAAGUUCUGUUUGGUUGUGGUGGCUCAUGUGGAUUUGAUUUCAAUCUAGAAGAUAUUCAGGUGUGUU